ACAUCUUGUAAUACGACAACAAGACGAAGAGGAAGACGGAACCGUGCACUAAUGUCAAAUAGGCUGAGGUGAAAAAUGAAGACUCUGAUGGUGUUUGAUUUUGACCACACUGUGGUCGAUGACAACAGUGACACUUGGGUGAUUAGAUGCCUUCCAGGUCAGACGCUUCCUGACUCUGUGAAGAAUUCCUACAGAAAAGGCCACUGGACAGAGUUCAUGGGCAGAGUGAUGAACUACAUAGGAGAGCAGAAGGUCAGCCCCGACAGGGUCCGCAGUGUUAUGGAGACCAUUCCCUUCACAGCUGGAAUGACGGACUUGCUGACAUUCAUAUCUGAGCAUAAAAGCACCAUUGACUGCAUAGUCAUCUCUGACUCCAACACCAUGUUUAUAGACUGGAUCCUCCACGCAUCCGGAUUCCACGCAGCCGUCGAUCAGGUUUUCACCAACCCGGCUAAGUUCAACGAGCUGGGCUACAUGGAGGUGCAGUGCUGCCACUCUCACAACUGCGACCAAUGCCCCGUCAACCUCUGCAAGAGAAAAGUCCUGGAGCUGUAUCUGUCAGAGCAGUCCGAUAGAGGUGUGGAGUACGAGCAAAUAUUUUACGCGGGGGACGGUGGGAAUGAUCUCUGCCCCACUUCCUGUCUGAGAGGGAAUGAUGUUGUGAUGCCCAGGAAGGGGUACACCCUGGAGAAACUGCUGGCCAAACUGGAGGAUCCGGACGAUAACGCUUCUCUCAGAGCUAAAGUCAUUGCCUGGAGCAGUGGGACUGACAUCCUCCAGGAACUGAAAGCAAGUAUGCAGUUUUAGUCUGAGCCAUGGAGUACGAUGCUUGAUCGAAUCCUCAGUUGUAACUGAAAUAUUGCACUAAUGGAAAAUAUUGAGUGUGUACUGUAGAGGGCACAUGCUGCUCCCCUUAAUUGUUUUUGUCACACUGUCAAGACAGUAUUUAUCAUUUUUAAAGUACAGUUUUGUUAGUAAAAUUAUUUUAAUUAAGGUACAAAUCCUUUAAUUUGUAUAUUGUCUGUUGAAAACAGUAACAGCGCUCUGGAAGGUUGGACUCUCAGUUUUUAUGACAGAUUUGCCUUUUAUUCAGAGGUUGAGGUGGGAAUUGGAGGCAUUGGUGCCCUAAAUCAAUACAAAAACAAAGUUUACAUUGAACUAAAAUGUAGGGAUCAAGGUUUACAAAAAAAAACCCUGGACGAGACGGCAGAUUGACUCGCAACUCAGUAUGUAUACAACAUUACGUUCCCAUAAAAAUUAACUGCAUUCUCAAUUUUAUCUCGGAAUACUCUCGGAGUUAUAAACAAGUAAUUAAUAUUGUACAUUGAAAAAACAACAACAAACUACUGUUCAGGCGACACACCUACUUGGUUAGGUUUAAUAAGAUAUCCUGGUUUGGUUUACAAUUACUACGUUUGUUACGUUAUUUUACAUCCGUAACUUAAAUAACGUAACGUUGAGUUUUGGACUCAAACAGCAUUUGCUGGACUAUCCCAUCCACCCCGCCCUCCUCCACACGUGGACUUUGAUUAGAAACGUGUUUGCGAGGCGUUAAAAACAAACGGACUCUGGGAGAAAAUAAGUUUCCCUCGAAAUGCCGUUUUGUCCUAGGCAACAUUUUGGGAAAUACGUUUACUUGCUUCAUUUAGUUCCAACCAAUUAGAUAUCAUGUGUUAAUUAGUUAUAUAUAAACAAACACGAACAAAACAGUGUUAUUUAGUUUUACUGGUGCUGGUGGAGCAGCGCUAGCCGUUUCUCCCCGCUCUCAGUCUUCGUGCUAAGCUAAUCAAUCUCCAUAUUUGAAUGACAGACAUGAUAAUAACUUAUCUUAGCAUGUAGAUAACACUGGAGAAACCAGCCAGAGUAAACUAGGUUAAAAUAAUGAUCCAACCAAAACACCCACCCUAAUGUUGUAAUAUUUCCCAAUGGUAGUAGCGAGCAAGACUCGCUCCGUAGGUCGCUAAAUGGAGCGAGACAGUCGGCAAAUUGGCAACAGUGACAACAUAUCGCUUAAAUCCUGCCAUCAAAGCCACUCUCCCAAAAUGAUCAUCAUGAACGUAAACAAUGAAGAUGACUAUUGGAGAGAGGUAGCACGCGCAGCUGUCAAGCUAGCAGCUUGUGGAGGCUCCGGAGCGCAUGGGCAGAGUGCGCGCAGGUAGACAGACAGGCAGUAGAUAGACAGGCAGGUAGAUAGACAGGCAGUAGAUAGACAGGCAGGUAGAUAGACAGGCAGGUAGAUGGACAGGCAGUAGAUAGACAGGCAGGUAGAUAGACAGGCAGUAGAUGGACAGGCAGUAGAUAGACAGGCAGGUAGAUAGACAGGCAGGUAGAUAGACAGGCAGGUAGAUGGACAGGCAGGUAGAUAGACAGGCAGUAGAUGGAUGGUCGCAUAUCUUCGCGCAGAAUGAAAUGAUUGGACGGAUUUAUAACAGAAUAUAAAAAAUAACAAUAAUGUUUUUCUGUAUUUGAUUUAUUGGUUUGCUGUCGGGAUGUAAAAAAAAAAAAAGUUUGUACAUUACAUUCCCCCCCUAGCUUUAAGCCCAGCUGUCAACAGUUGUUGUUACACUUUCCAACCACACUGAAACACAAUAUUUAAGAGUUUAUAAAUAUCAGCCUCUGCAAAGCACUUCAGCGUACUUAUUUACUUUUAAAAACACUAUGAAACAUACAAAUGCACUGACUUGACCAUAUAUUGAAUUGAAACAGGCCUGCUCUUACCGCAGAUGUUCGGACGUGUCAUAGUAAGAAACACAACUCUGUUCUGUGUUCGUGUCCUAAUGAGUCUUAUCAGUGUGACAGUCAGUGCACCAGGACACUGGAGCAGAUGCAUGGAAUCUUCAUUGUAUCAUUUACACCUGUGCUUUUCCUAGUGCGACAUGUCAAAAUGUCUUCAGUGAGAAAGGCAUAUUGUAGUAUAAUAACUAUAACUUGAGAUCAGGGCCAGUAUAGCCAGCAUUUUGAAUGUAACACCUCUACAUUAUCUUACCUCAGCGACCCUAUAUGCUAUUAAAAUUUAAUAAAUGUGCCAAAUACAUUGUUCAUAAUAUGUCAAAGUUGUCUAAUGUUACUUAAUCUUACAACUGAAAAUAUAACAUCACUUAUAAUAAGAAUUUGAUUUGAUUUUAAGAUCAUACAGUAAGAGAACACACACAUAACACACACAUAACAAUGCAUUUCUGUGCUGUGAACAUCUGCCCUUCUGGGAGUUUUACACGUGGUUUGUUCUACAUGUCAAGCUGUCUUGAUUGUUUAAAGCAGGUUUGGAUGAACCUGAUCAUGUUAACUCUGUUGGCUCUGUUGAAGGACAUAAACCUCAACUAAGUUUACGCCUAAUGAACAAAAAGUCCAGGUCUCAGAACAGCUGUUUUUACAUCCAUCCAUGCUUCACACAUCGAAGGCUUGAUUCAGUAAUAUUAUAACGAUGACACUUCUUAAUUAUGGGACUUAUAUAGUGAGGAUCCUGGAUAGAGUAUUGUGUUUCCAACUUAAAUGUUCAUGGAAACAUGCGUUGAGAGAUUUAGGUUGACACUGUCAUAAAGCAACAUGUGAAAUGUGAUUUGUUUCUUCUUAAUCUUGUGAUUCUUAUGAUGCAAUUAAAACCAGAAACCUCUUGGA